GAUUUCCUAACUGCUGCUUCCAUGGGCAUUGUUUGGGGAUGCAAGUAAAAUGAAAUCCUUGAGAACUUCAAUAUUUUCUCUGUUUAUCAUGAUAUGGCUUAUUGAUCCAGUCGUGAGGAUAUUUGUUUCUUUAUGUUGAGGUGUAAUCCAUACUGAAGGCUGUGGUCUUUGAUCUUCAUUAGUAAGUACUUCAAGUCCUCUUCACUUUCAGCAAGCAAGGUUGUGUCACCUGCAUAAUGCAGGUUGUUAAUGAGUCUUCCUCCAAUCCUGAUGCCGCAUUCUUCUUCAUGUUGUUAUAGGGAGGACAGUUUAGUUAUUAAGCACUAGGAGAUAUCAGUGUUUUUCUAGGCAAUGCUUUACUUGAUUCCAAUUUGUAGAGGUCUUUUGAGAUCGUAGACAAAUGGUGAGAGUCCUAAGAAUGGCAGGAGUAGAAGUUUUCCUGGCACUGAGUAAGGAAAAUAGAAUUUGUUCAUAAAAAGAAUUUUAGGUAACCUGGUUUUCCAAAUAUUCAGAUAGUUCUCAUUCUUGAUUGGUUUUCAUUUGGUCUGGAUAAAGUUUAAAGGAAAAAGAUAAGUAGUCGGUUCCAAAUAGAUAGGUUAGAUCAUUCUUUCACCAGAUUGAACUUAUGCUUAAGAAAGAACCAGUGGAAGGUGAGCAGAGGAAAGGAGCUCACUGCGUGUGACCUUAUGUGAACUCAUUUUUCUUAUUAGUAAUGUUAAGGGGUAGACUUUGUAUUUAAGACUCUGACUGACAAAAUUACUGUAGCGAUACUAAUUCAUGUACAAAAUAUCCAGUUAAUUAAAGGAAAAAUGAAAGAGGAUUAGAGGGAUGCAGAGGCAGGGAGGGACACUAAUUCAUAAAGAUAAUUGCCUCAAUGCUUUUCUUAAACUUAAAUGUUUAGAGCAUAUUUAUAUCCCAGUAUAAAUAACAAGAAGCUUUCACUAGGGCAUGUUGAUAGCAUAUUUUUUGUGACUCUCUUUAUAAAGAUAAUUAAUUUAAAAAAUUUUAAAGUAUAAUGGAAGAUUACCAAUAGCAAGGUCAACCUUUGACCUCAUAAUGGUUUGAUAUGAGCAUUAGUAGUGGAGUCAGAAAUUCCCAACGUAGGGCCAGACUGUUUUACUGUGGCUUUCAGUAAAUUUUUUUUUUUUUUCAAUUUCACUUUCCUAUUUCUAUAACUUAGAAAAGCUAAUAUUUACGUGCAUUUCUUAUUUGAUUGUUCAGACUGGUGUCUCAGUAGUGCCAUUGAGUGGGAACUUAUCAAAUGUCACAUGGAUUAUUGAGUGAUCGUGGUGGAGAAGACCCGAACCAGAAAGUAAUCCAUGGGGUUAUUAACUCCUUUGUUCAUGUUGAACAGUAUAAGAAAAAAUUCCCCUUAAAGUUUUAUCAGGAAAUCUUUGAGUCUCCCUUUCUGACUGAAACAGGAGAGUAUUACAAACAAGAAGCUUCAAAUUUAUUACAGGAAUCAAACUGCUCACAGUAUAUGGAAAAGGUUCUAGGUAGAUUAAAAGAUGAAGAAAUUCGAUGUCGAAAAUACUUACAUCCAAGUUCAUAUACUAAAGUGAUUCAUGAAUGUCAGCAACGAAUGGUGGCAGACCACUUACAGUUCUUACAUGCAGAGUGUCAUAAUAUCAUCCGACAAGAGAAAAAAAAUGACAUGGCAAAUAUGUAUGUCUUACUUCGUGCUGUGUCCACUGGUUUACCUCAUAUGAUUCAGGAGCUGCAAAAUCAUAUCCAUGAUGAGGGCCUCAGAGCAACCAGUAAUCUUACUCAGGAAAAUAUGCCAACACUGUUUGUGGAAUCAGUUUUGGAAGUACAUGGUAAAUUUGUUCAACUUAUCAACACUGUUUUGAAUGGUGAUCAGCACUUCAUGAGUGCACUGGAUAAGGCCCUUACAUCAGUAGUAAAUUACAGAGAACCCAAAUCUGUUUGCAAAGCACCUGAACUGCUUGCUAAGUACUGUGACAACUUACUAAAGAAAUCAGCAAAAGGGAUGACUGAGAAUGAAGUAGAAGACAAACUCACGAGCUUCAUUACCGUUUUCAAAUAUAUUGAUGAUAAGGACGUUUUUCAAAAGUUCUACGCAAGAAUGCUGGCAAAACGUUUAAUUCAUGGGUUGUCUAUGUCUAUGGAUUCUGAAGAAGCCAUGAUCAAUAAGUUAAAGCAAGCCUGUGGUUAUGAGUUUACCAGCAAGCUACAUCGGAUGUAUACAGAUAUGAGUGUCAGUGCUGAUCUCAACAAUAAGUUCAACAAUUUUAUCAAAAACCAAGACACAGUAAUAGAUUUGGGAAUUAGUUUUCAAAUAUAUGUUCUACAGGCUGGUGCAUGGCCUCUUACUCAAGCUCCUUCAUCUACAUUUGCAAUUCCCCAGGAAUUGGAAAAAAGUGUACAGAUGUUUGAAUUAUUUUACAGCCAACAUUUCAGUGGAAGGAAACUUACAUGGUUACAUUAUCUCUGUACAGGCGAAGUUAAAAUGAACUAUUUGGGCAAACCGUAUGUAGCCAUGGUCACAACAUACCAAAUGGCAGUUCUCCUUGCCUUUAACAACAGUGAGACCGUCAGCUAUAAAGAGCUUCAAGACAGCACCCAGAUGAAUGAAAAGGAACUGACAAAAACCAUCAAAUCUUUACUUGACGUCAAAAUGAUUAACCAUGAUUCAGAAAAGGAAGACAUCGAUGUAGAAUCAUCAUUUUCAUUAAAUAUGAACUUCAGCAGUAAAAGAACAAAAUUUAAAAUUACUACAUCGAUGCAGAAAGACACACCACAGGAAAUGGAGCAGACUAGAAGUGCUGUAGAUGAGGACCGGAAAAUGUAUCUCCAAGCUGCUAUAGUUCGUAUCAUGAAAGCACGAAAAGUGCUUCGGCAUAAUGCCCUUAUUCAAGAGGUGAUUAGCCAGUCAAGAGCUAGGUUUAAUCCAAGCAUCAGCAUGAUUAAGAAGUGUAUUGAAGUUCUGAUAGACAAACAGUAUAUUGAACGCAGCCAGGCGUCAGCAGAUGAAUAUAGUUACGUUGCGUGAUGUUGCGCUCCUCCACGUGCGGGUGUAAGAAGAUCAUUGCCAUCACCAUUUGGUGUGUUCCUGUGGGAAAAAGCAGGCCUGUGCCUCCAUAAUUUGGUCAUUUGGGAGCCCCUGUUUUCUGCUGUUUACAACAUCACCAGUGCCACGUCAUGAGCGUCAAGGAAAAUGCCUAUAGAUAUUUCAAGCUCAUGUCAUUGUGACAUUUCUUAAAACUUUAUUAAAAGAAUGAGUGAAGUAUUGCUGAAAUGUGAAAAUUUGGUUGGGUACCAUGCUUUUUCUCCCUUCACGUUUGCAGUUGAUGUGUUUUUUUUUUUUUAAAUGUAUCUUCAAGGACAUAAAAUUAAAAAACCUAAAUAUUGUAAUAUGACAGAUAACCUAAUAAUUGUAUCUACAUUAAACUGACAAACAUGAUAUUGCUGCUUGUCAAAUAAAAAAAAAUAAAGAAAUAGUAUGCUUUUUUUAUGUGGAUGGAAUGUCAGGUUGGCUGUGAAAUUCUAUAUAUAAAUGUUGGUGAGUCAUCAAACAGGUAAUGAAUGCGCUUUAGUUGCUUUUUAUCUGAAUGGUUUAAUUUCACUUGUACUUCUUAAAUCCUACAUGAAAAAUGUCUAGAUUAUUGUUCCUGAACAUAUAAAAAAAUGCAUUCAACGUAAAGAAUGCUUUAUUUUUAUGGAUUAGAACUACGUUGGAUAUGACCUUUGGAAUAUUGAGGAUUUAAUGCCAUCAAGCGUUUCUGGUGAUGUGCUAUGUACACCAAGUAUGAGGGGAAUAUGUGGUGACCUCGAGUCUGGCAUAGAAAGAACUUUUCAUUCAGAAGUCAUCUUAUUUCUGUUUUCAUCGUACGUUAAUUCUAAUACAGCUUGAUACCCGAGCUCUAUUGUCUUGCCUUUUACCUUUCCUUGAGUCAUAGGAGAUCCUGUGAUACCAAUGUAUUCCUUUCAUACUCUCUCCCUACUUACUGCUCUGUCAUGCCCUUCUUUCCUUAACACUUCAGAGACUAGACUCAGUCAUAUGUCACAGGUGUGUUUAGCAAUGCAUAGCCUGUAUAUCUUUUUUAAUCUGCAUAGUGCAUGACACUAGAAGCCACUUUAGGAUAUAGAGACAUGAAGUGGCAUCAUUUUAUUAUAUAUGUUGACAGCAGUAUUAAGAUAGCCCAAAACCAAACUUAUUGCCAUCGAGUCAAUUCCAAGUCAUAGCAACCCUAUAGGACAGAGUAGAACUACCCCAUAGUGUUUCCAAGGCUGUCAACUUUAC